AUUUUUUUAGUGCCCUUGAGAAUGUCCAAAGUUAAACAUUCAAAAAAGAAAUGCGUAACAAAUUAUCAGCUUAAAUCAAAAUCGUGCGGUAUCAAAACAGAAUCAGAUUCUCGUAUUACCACGGACAACGAAUCAUCCAGCUUUGCUUAUACUCGUUCUGCUGAGUUUUCCGCAAGUAAAACAUCCAAACUUGAAGGAUCUUGUUAUGAAAGCUCUGUGAACUUAAGUUCAGGACGAGAAUUAACUGCAGACUGUUCUUCAGAUUACAUGAAAAAUUCUAUUUUGGAGGAAGUUCUAAAUGAAAAAAAAGCAGCAUUACUACAAUCUCCGGAAGUUAUGAAACUUUUUAGGGAUGAACAGCUGAAGCGACAGAGCAAAAAGUAGUAAUCUUGAAAAGAAUAACCUUUAUUACAAAAGAAUUAGAGCAAAACAGUAGUCUAAAUAGUGAAAAAUGGAAAAGAAUACCCGUGAUGUAGCAAAAUUUCAUAGAUAUGUGAGAUAUUGGAAACCACAAUAUGAAGUGUGGCCUUUUGUAUAUGGUGAUGAGAUAGCUUCAACUAUGAGCAUAGGAAGUAGCAUAUACAUUAUACAUUUUUUUCGAAAGCAAUUAAAGAUCAGACAGUAUGGAAGACUUACUUGUUAUACACCUGUUGUGGGUCUCGCUUCCUUUUUUACAUAUGCACUGCAAUCAAUAUAUGUCACAGAAGAUAUUUUAAUGGAAAAAAGCUGUCCACUAUGUGUAAGUUUGAGGGCUUCAUUAGGCCAUGUUGCAUUUGGUGUAGUAUAUCCUAUGAUACUAGCACCAAUAAUUGGGUUUUUUUUGGCUGAUAAGUUAUUGACAUAUCCUGUUCCUUCUCUUACCCGUGCUCCAAAAGAAACAUUGAAUGUCUGGUUAAGGUUAGUUAAAAAGAAUACGAGAGCUUUUUCGAUAUUAGCAGCGUUACAUUUUGCAGGAGCAAUGUUUAUUACAUACCAGAAGGAAAAAUCAUAUUUUGAACUUAAGUUGAAGAGCCAGCCAGCAGUGAAAUAGAUGUAUGUUUUUUUUUUUUUUUUUUAAAUUGAUAAAUAUAGGCAAAGAACUUUAUACCAACAAAGGAAGGACAUUGUCUAGAAUUGCUUUUUCUUGAUUUAUGAAAUAAGAUGAGUGUUGUCUUCUGAAUAUAGAUAAUAAAAAAUUAUUUGAAUAAUUGAA